AACUGUGUCAAAAUGUGUUGCCACCCCUCUACUGAAUGUAUAGUAUGACUUACAAAAAUAUUUUUUUUUUCUCAGUCACUAAGUGAGCAGCUAGUGUGUGCAACAUGAUUGUGAAUAAGAGCAGAAUGUGGGGGUGAGGUUGCCUCCAACCCAGUCUGUUGGUUUCUUGGUUUCAGUCUUCAGUCAGUCCCAGGCGAGAUGGUUGGUAGCGGAUUUCUUUUAGAUUUUUUAGACUCAAAAUGCACUUCCUAUGGAAUCAAAUCAUAUGUGUUCCUCCUUGGUGUGAUCCUUGUUUACUACACAGCACUCUCCUCUCAUGUUCAAGCUUUGAAAGUGCCCUGCAAGUCAAAGAACUUUUCUUCAAAAUAUCAGCACUGUGGGAUAAACCCAGCUGGAGUGCAUGAUUUAGAUUGUUUUGGUAAACAUCCGACAUCCUAUCGCUGUGUGUGGAAGCCUGGAAACAGCGCAUCAGAAAAUACAUACACACUGAUCAUAACACAACCCUCUUCUCCUUCUAGGAUAAGACACUGCAAAGUUUACACAUCGCAAACAAACAUCACUGAGGGGAUACUUUUAUAUGAAAAGUACAACAUGACCGCUGAGGUUUUUGAAAACAGCGCAUCAACCAAUUGCACAAAAUCAGUUUUCAGAGGGUCACCAAUGAGCUUGUUCCGAUGUGGUCCUCCACAUAAUGCUUCCUUCAGUCGCCACUCAGGAAAACUAGAUGUGAGUGGGAACUGGCCAAAUGAGGAUAUAAAAGAUGUUCAGUAUUACUCAGUGAGAUAUAAAGCACUGGGUAGCCUGUCAUGGAGCAAGCCUCUCAUGCAAUCUAAAAAUGGAAAGAAAUGUACAGUGGAGAAUUUAAACUCCUCACUGGUCUACAGUAUGCAGAUACAGUGCGUCACUAAUGAUAGAUGUCCACAGUGUCCAUGGAGUGAAACUUACAGUGUCCCUGCAGAACUGACUACACAGCCUGUCAUGGUCAACAUGAACGAUACUGACAUUGCAAAGACAAAAGGCAGACGGCUGAUUUCUCUAACCUGGAAGUUUCCUGCUAAAGAACUGCAUGAUAGCUACCAUGUGAUCAUUGGGAAAGCAUCAGGAGAGGCCCCACGUCAGAGGAUGAUCACCACUGAGCCAGAAAUCAGACUGGUUCUCUCAUAUUCAGAAUAUCAUCUCAACAUCAGUGCUGUGAACAACGCUAGCACAUCCCCAGCUGUGAGCCAGACAAUACCACAGCGAGAAGACACACCAAGUACGGGAGCUGAGAAGCUGAAUGUGACAGUCGACAACAAUACAUCUUUUACGAUCCACUGGAAAGAAGAUCUCAUCAAAAACUAUGUCUGCUACUCUGUGGAGUGGAUGGAGAGGGGACAUAAAGCAGGGUCCAUGUCUUUUUUUGAGGACGAACACAACCACAGGACUUUAACGUCUUUACCAGAGCCUUUGGAGCCUUAUAAGAGAUACAGCAUCACUCUGCACACACGGCCAGACAAGGACACCUGCAACAUGAAGAAGGUGAACAACAGUGAGAGCACCUAUGGGAGAACACACUUCUACUCCAUAGAAGGAUCUCCGCUCAGUGCUCCCACAAACCUCAGCUUCGACAAUGUAUCGCUGAAUUCAGCGGAGCUGCAGUGGUUGUCCAUCCCAGAGGACGACAUCAGAGGUUUCCUUCUGGGUUACAUAAUCUACUGCACUGAGUACCACCAUGGAGGCGCCACUACAGAGAGAAAUAUUACAAUGGAUCCAAUGUCAAACAGCUAUGAAUUGGGGGAUCUCAAAGAUGGCACAGCAUAUGGAGUCAAGAUAUCAGGUUUCACUGAGGCGGGAGUUGGAGUACGAAGCACACCAAUCUUUUUUACAACAAAAUAUCAAGAACUUUCUAAACUCAUUGGUGUCAUCACAAUCUUUGCAGUUAUAGGCAUUGUGCUUAUAUUUGGAUCUCCGGUAAUAAAAAGAGCAAAAGUCAUUCUGUGGCCGAGCAUACCUAACCCUGGAAAAAGCAACGCAAUGCAGAAAAUAGAAGAGCCCUGUGAACUGGAACUACUAGGAUCCAUAAACCACCUGGAGAUGGAAGAAUGGGAUACAAACAGCCUGAAGAUAGUAGAAAAACAAGAAGUGAUCCCUGCUAGCCCAUUGCCAUCAAUGUUGCCGCUCCUCCACGCCUCAGAUGAUGAGGAAGACUCAACAGAAAUGACUUGUAACUGGAUCCAGGGAGACACAGGAGACUCAACUGAAGAAAUCCCAUCUGACAUUACUGGAAAAAUCAUCCCAGACAUCAACAGGAUAGACCCCCAGAGCUCUCCUUUCACAUUUCCAUGUGACUAUACGACAAUAGAAAUGUUUCAGCAGGGGAUUCCUCAGAGCAUGCCAGCAAGGACGUCCUUUUCUCAAGACACAGAAAGCGACCCAGAGGACACAGAGUGGACUGUGGUGAAAUCAGAAUUGGACUAUAUGAGCCAAUUUAGUACUAGUCCAAUCUUGGACGGCAAGGAGAUAUCCAGGAUUUUGUGAAAAGAGUUUGGAACACAAGAACCAUUGUCCAUGAACAUCUGAAUCAGACCACAUACAUAUAGUUUCUGGAUUUUGUGGAAUGGCAUACAUACAGUAUGCCAUUCCACAAAAUCCAGAAACUCUAUACUGUAUGUAUUUCUACGCUACUUGAAAAUGCACAUUAACAUCUCUGCUCAUUUCUUGAGAUACAUCUUUGAACAUAAAGUAUGCUAUUUUCAUCUGUACAUGGAUAACCUUGACGUUUGAAUAAAAAGGGCAAAAAAGACCUAAUUGAAAUGC